CUUACAUCUAACUUACAAAUUAAAAUCGCCUUGUAAACUUACGGUUCUCUCUAAUUCUCCUUCAUAAGCUCAUUAUCCACCAACUCCAGCCAAAAAGCCAAAAAGCCAAAAAGCCAAAAAGCCAAACAACCACCCAUCAUGGCUACAAUGCGCGCAAUCGACAUCAAAAAUGGCAAAGGUCCCGCCUCCGCCCUCUUUCUCAACUCCUCCGUCCCCAAACCUUCGCCCAAGCCCACUGAGGCCCUCGUGCGCGUCAAGGCCUUUGGGCUGAACCGCAUGGAUCUCCUCCAGCGAGAGGGCAGAUACCCACUACCCCCGAACAUCAGCUUGAUCCUCGGUGUCGAGUUCAGCGGUGUCGUAGAGGAGCUCGGUGCUGAAGCACAGAAUGGGAAGUUUAAGGUUGGAGAUGAGGCGCCUACGCCGAAUUCCUCACCGUCUCCCCCGCCACCCUCCUCCACAAGCCCAGCACCCUAAGCUGGGAAACCGCUGCCGGAAUCCCAGAGACCUUCAUGACCGCCACACAAGCCCUCCACCUGAUCGGCGCCUUCAAGCCCGGCGACAGCGUCCUCUGGCACGCCGGCGCUUCGUCCGUCUCGAUUGCCGGCAUCCAGCUAUCCAAGCUCGCCGGCGCAUCAGCCGUCUAUGUCACCUCCCGCACUCCGGAGAAGGUCAAGUGGUGCGUUGACACAUUUGGCGCCGCUGGCGGUUUCGACACUACCCAGAAAGGCUGGGGGGACGAAGCACAGAAGGCUACGGGAGAAAAAGGAAUCGAUGUCAUCGUGGACUUUAUGGGCGCUUCAACGUUCGCGGAUAACCUGAAGGCAGCGGCAAAGGAUGGCCGCAUCGCGAACCUGGGACUCAUGGGGGGGGUCAACCUGCCUGCCGAGACGAAUAUCGGCUUAUUCCUGGCGAAGAGGCUUAGGUACGAGGGAAGCAGUCUGAGGAGCCGCGAUGAGAAGUAUCAGUCGCAGCUGACGGCAAAGUUGGAGGGGUAUUUGGCGGCGUUUGCGAAGGGGGAUUUGGAGGUUAAGGUUGAGAAGGUGUUUGAUUGGAAGGAUGUGGUUAAGGCGCAUGAGUUGCUAGAGGGGAAUGGCACGAAGGGGAAGGUGGUUUGUGUUAUUAGUUAGGGGGCUGCUACGUCAAAAUUUGAUACUCACAUUUAAACUCUUGGUAUGAUGGAUAGUUCUUUAUUA